AUGUUCUUCGGCGCCUGCGCCAUACACCCGGCGAUGAAGACGGCUAAGACGGGGGUAACGCCCCAGGCGUUCUUCAAACAUGCCCGAAGCUUGAAGCUGUCUCUAAGUCCGGACUUCCCGGCGCUGCUGAUGUGUGCUAAUUACGACCUCCCUGGUAUCCCUCGUCGCCACGACGUUUACGACUUCCACUGGCUGCGGUUCGACAAGUUCAAGAAUUUACAAAACGUUUACAUAUGGAUUGCAGCGCGAUCCCUCACUUGCGGCAUUGAAGCUAACAGUAGCUUCUGCGGCAUCAAGGAGUUCGACGUCCAGGGGUCGAAGAACAUGUUAUCCUCAUUCAAGACUAUCGAAUCCGUCACGCUGAGUACACCGCUGAGCCAAAGGAUCGGCCCUCAACAAGGCUAUAUGGAUAUUGGUGCAGCGCCCGGGAAGUUCAACUUGCACGCAGAGAUGGCACCUAUGAAGUCAUGA